AUGUUCUUGACGCGGGGAUCAAGUCAUUGCAAGAAGGAAGAGCGGAUUUCCUACUUGGCGCUAUCGAAUUACGUCCAGCAUAAGCAUGCACCCGGGAGCAAGGAGGCGGAUGAAUUUAUGGGUGCAAUUGAUGAUCGUAUCCGGCAGUUGGCUGGGAUGGCGCUUGUAGGAGUAUCCGGGGACCAUGGGAUGAGUGCCAAGUCGACUGCGGAUGGGAAGCCGAAUGUACUGUUCUUGGAGCAUGUGUUGAUUGAGAUAUUUGGGGAGGGCGCGGUGCGUGUUUUAUGUCCUAUCAAAGAUCCUUUUGUGCGGCAACUUGGUGCGAUGGGGCCGUUUGUGCGUGUUUAUCUGAGGGAUAUUGCACAGUUGACAGACGUGUUGAAGUCGUGCCAACAGUUAGGCGAGGUCGAGGUGGCCAUGACUGGGGAAGUGGCUGCAAGAGAACUACCCAUUGUCCUCUACUUUGUCGGCGGAAAAGUCGCCCUGGGAACUCGAGCCGUCCAAGUCUUGUCUGUGUUCUCGAACAUCGGUCUCGGGAACGUCUGUGCAUGUAUCGUGUUCCAGAUUCUGCUUCGCGCGUUCAACAGUGCCAUCGCCUCCGACCUGAGUCGUCUGGAGUGGGUGUGGCGCCUCCUACUGGGCAUUGGCAUCGUCCUUGCUGCUUUGACUUUGUAUGCCGGACUUACGAUCGGAGAGACUGCUCAGUACAAGCAAUGGUGCAAUCAUGCGAAGGCUCUUUUCGCCACAUCUGCCUACUGGUUUCUUUUUGACAUCGCUUACUACGGUAUCAACCUGAACCAGAGCAUCAUCCUCUCCAGAAUCAGGUACUCUACCAGCGCAACUCCGUCCGAAAAGCUCUGGAAACUGGCCAUCGGGAACCUGAUUGUCCAAUCAGCCAAAACGCCUGACGAGGAUAGGACUAUCUCCCCUGUUUCAACGCUGGAAUCUUCCUCCCUGACCGCAUCGGCCGCGUCCGACAACAAUGCUGGAGUUGUCUCCUUAACUGUGUUCUCUACGCCUCCUGGGCCGGAAUCAGUGCCCCCAGCGCACACACCUCCACCGCCGGGUUGA